AUUUUUAAUGCAACAUCUCCCCCACUGAGCAGCUCACAGUGGCCAUUCAAAUGUUGUAGGUCUCCAUAACCACAGCACCUAGAAACACUCUGCAUCAGUGAAACGCUCUGCCUCUGCACAUAAGAACAAUACCUGAAAGCCAAACGUUCUAAUUGUUAUACACACACACAGGCUUGAAUUUAUCCACAGUUGUAAAUUACGUUUUUUUGGAUGCCAUCAAUGAAGUGAACUGUCACCUGGAAAUGGGAAGGUUUUCAUUACAGUGGAAACAACUUCUGUAGCACAAGGUGUCAGAACAGUGGUCACCAAUGGCAACCAAAGAGGGAAAACAGUGGUGGGAUCCAUAUGAAACAUCUCAUAGAAGACAAUUUGUCUACCGUCCAAACUCAGCUAAAGAGAUUCUGCUGUGCCCAACGUCGACUUCAUUUGUAGACUCCAGUUCACAGUCUAGACCUUUUGGUUCAACUGUGUACAACAAGGAUUUUUGCUGGAAGCCAGCCUGCAAACCUGAAUGCAUUCGCACAGGAACCGCCUCAGGGCAGAGGAGAAACAACCCACAUCCCAGUCAGUCUUUCAUCAUGUGGAGGCUGCCUAGGGACGCCACACAAAGCUCUGAGUAUGUCAGCUUUCCUUGGAAAUGUCCCCCAUCUGAGGAGGAGAUCCGUAAGGCCUGGACAGCACAGUACAGCUCCAUCUACAGAUGUGACUACAUGGGUAUGCCCCAAGGACAUGGGCAUAUUAAACAAGCAGAAAGAAGACUUACACCUCUGCACAGCAUGCUUGAAAUGCCACUUUCUACUGAUACAGAGAUGAGGGACAAUUACCGCCAGCCUAAGCUAAAUCCUGAACUGCUGGGCAACUACUCUCUCUACAGCUGCAGCCCACAUCCUAACAACGCCUGUCGUGGUAUAGUUCCAACUGUUGUGCAAAGGCACACUCAGCAAAAAAGAUCAGACUUGACCAACUACGACUGUGGAGAGAGAGUCACUGAUGUCACAUGUGAGAGAAAGUCUCGGCUGCCCCAGGAGCUGCAGCAAUUACACAGAAUUUUACCAGAAGAGGAAAAGGAGGCUGUAAGAACAGUUUUACCUAAAGAUGUGUACCCACACAACAGUGAGAAAGUGGAUAAACUCCCAGCGGUUGUGUCUAAGUCCUGCUCCCCAGAGAGAAUAUCAAGCUGGCCAGGACCUCUCUGAACCUCACGGCUUAUAUUAGUUGUUUCUUUAUCUGUCUUUGUAUUCUGUGUAUUUUUAUGUAAUUCAUUUUCAUGGUAGGGGUAAAACUGCAAUAAUAUAACCAAUGUACUGUAAAUUAACCGUGUCUUGCAGAAUUAGAUUGCUGUCAUUUUUGCGUGGAACUUGAGUGUUGUGAUAAUUAAACAUCUCUGUAACAUGCAUCAAAAUCAAUGAGAUCAAUAAACGAUGAUUACCUGAAGAUUGCUACAUGUAGGGUAACAUUCUGUCAGGUAGGCAAUAUCUAUCAGAAUGCCUUACUUAAUAAAUGUGGCUAAAAAUAGGGUAGCUCAAAAUGACAAUGUAGGAAAUAUCGAUCAGAAUGGACUACGUCAUCUAUAAAUGUACUUAAUUUAUUAAAGCAUAAUAUAAACUGUGCAUUUCAUUGUUUCUUUUUAAACGAUUGAAUAUGGCUUUAACAUAGAUAUUUCUCGCUUUGUAAGUGCAGCCUUCUGUCUUUGGUGUAGUCACAGUUGUCACUUUUGGUAUCUUAGUAACCAUGGGGCCACCUGCUCUUCUCAGGUGUAAUGUUAGCGCUAGUGUCAGGUAGACUAAUGUGAGAUCUGUCUUGUUAACAUCUGUUUGGAUGUCUGAGGAAAUGUGCUGCGCUAAAGUCUGCUUUUUACAUCACAUCACUCUUUAAUUUACAGCCUCUAAAAAGGAUGCCAUUUGGCAAAAAGACCCGAUCUUCUUCAGUUUCAGGAAGAUUAGAAACCCAACAUGCGACCAGGUAAUCUGCUGCUUUGUUUCUCUCCUUAUUACCAGUACAAAAUCACAUGCUUUGUUGAGUUUUGGUAUUACCAGUUUUCUCUUAGAGUUUUAAUGUCUGGAUUAGGGAUAAUGGGACCAUAGAUUGAGGCCUUGCCUUGUCAUAUUCAGAUAAUGUUUACUGUUGUCAUGAUGCUUGAGUUCCAUCUGUGGCAACACGGAACAGUUACCAUGUAGUAUAGGAAGUCUGGUCACC